UGAGUACCCGACUUACGUUUAUGUUUUACAGGAGCCUAACUGAAUUCUGUACUCUCUCUCGCUCUCUGUAUGUGUGUGUGUGAUCAUAUGUUGGUUUAUGCCGCGCACUGUCCUUAUCCUGAUCAACAUGAGCACUUAUUGCAGAAGACCCACGAGAACGAUCAAAUCCACCAAAUGAUGUCAUUUCAGACAUACAGGUCUCAACACCUCCCUCGCAGCCUACCAUUGCUAUCCAUCUGCUCAAACUUUUCUGUGAUCAGUGCCACGCGACGCGUUCCGACGCGACGAAAGCCCACGGAGCGGUAAUGAAAGUGGAUCUAUCUUUUCUUUUCUUUUGGGAGGACUUUCACCGUCGGCCGCUAACCACUAGUAAAGCUUACAAGGUCCCGCUGUGAACACUGCGCGUGAAUAAACGAGGAAAAGACAACUGUCGCCAUACAGAAUGCGGGCACUGUGCAGUAUUCUGGAUCCUGUACUACUGCUGAUACUGUUCGGAUACUACCCGUCUAUGACCGUCGGCCCUAAGGAGGGCUGGCAGGUGUACAGUUCGGCCCAGGAUGCUGACGGCCGAUGCAUCUGCACUGUGGUGGCCCCAGAACAGAACCUCUGCUCCAGAGAUGCCAAGAGCAGACAGCUCCGCCAACUGCUGGAGAAGGUACAGAAUAUGUCCCAGUCAAUUGAAGUGUUGAACUUACGAACACAGAGGGAUUUUCAGUACGUUAUUAAAAUGGAAAGUCAGAUGAAAGGACUGAGAUCAAAGUUCAGACAGAUCGAGGCUGACAGGAAAACAAAAAUGACGAGAAACUUUCAGGAGUUGAAGGAUAAAAUGGAUGCGCUGCAGCCCUUGAUCCCGGUGCUGGAGCAGUACAAAAUGGAUGCCAAACUGAUCUCCCAGUUUAAAGACGAGAUCAGAAAUCUGUCUGUGGCACUGAUAGGGAUCCAGGAGGAGAUUGGGGCCUACGACUAUGAGGAACUGCACCAGAGGGUCCUCAGCCUGGAGAGUCGGCUGAGGAACUGCAUGAGCAAACUGACAUGUGGCAAAUUAAUGAAAAUCACUGGACCUGUGACAGUAAAGACAUCCGGAACCCGGUUCGGGGCAUGGAUGACUGACCCUCAGGCAUCUCUAGAAAAUAACAGGGUUUGGUAUAUGGACAGUUACACCAACAACAAGAUUGUCCGUGAGUUCAAGUCAAUGGAUGACUUUGUGUCUGGAGUGGAGUCGCGAACCUACAACCUGCCUUUCAAAUGGGCCGGGACCAACCACGUGGUCUACAAUGGCUCCUUGUACUACAACAAGUACCAGAGCAACAUCAUUGUCAAGUACAGCUUCGAGACGGGCCGUAUCCUGGCCCAGCGGGCGCUGGAGUACGCCGGCUUUCACAAUGUCUAUCCAUACACGUGGGGGGGCUUCUCGGACAUCGACCUCAUGGCAGACGAGCUGGGUCUCUGGGCUGUGUACGCCACCAAUCAGAAUGCCGGCAACAUAGUCAUAAGCCAAUUGGACCCUCAGACUCUGGAGGUUCUCAAGACCUGGUACACGGAGUAUUCCAAGCGGAACGCCGGGGAGUCUUUCAUGAUCUGCGGGACCCUCUACAUCACUAACUCUCACCUGACCGGAGCCAAAGUCUACUACGCCUAUUCCACCAAGACAUCCACGUACGAGUACACAGACAUCCCCAUUCACAACCAGUACUUUCACAUGUCCAUGCUAGAUUACAACGCCAGAGACAGGUCCCUCUACGCCUGGAACAACGGCCACCAAGUUCUGUUCAACGUCACGCUUUUCCACAUCAUCAAAACAGACGAUGACUCUUAAAAAGGAAUACUUUACAGAAAAAAAAAUACUUAUCAUUCCUGGUGAAGCACUUUUGUAAAAAUAUAUUUUUCAUUCCUCCAAAGUGGACUGCAUUUACAUUUAUCAUUGUUCCUUGAAAUAAUGCCUUUUAUAGAUUUGCUUGAAAAAAAAAAAAAAAAACAGCUAUAGCCUCCAAUACAAUUAAGUUAUGAAGAGAAUUUAUUUAUUUAUUCUUGUCCUGCUUUGCAUUUUUUCCCAAAAUUAGUGAUUACACAAGUGAUUAGUUCUUGUGUAAUUGUGCUAAUGAAAGCAUGGAGUUGGAACACUGACCAGUGCCCUUAUUUUUCUCUAAGCACCAAUAAGCUUGCCUUAUUUACAGUACCUAAUUCUGAUGAUGUUGUUGAUGAAAGUUCUGUCAGCAUUCGCUAAUAGUAUGGUAAUAAUUUACCAGAUUUUCCAUCAUUCGUAAUAAUUUGCUAAUGAUUUAAAUUUAGUCAUUUAAAUAUUCAGUUGCUUACACAGUUCAUAAAUGUUUAAGGAACAAAAUGCAGUAAGGCCUCUUGCUGCAACCUUCAUGCAGUUGGUGACAUCAUCAACUGUGCUGUGUAAGGUUAAGGCCACAGUCCUAGACAAUGGGCUAUAUCAGAUGUUUUCAUAAACCAGUAUUUUGAAUUAAACUUUAAGGGGUAGGGAUAUCACCAGUCAUGUAUGGUCUCAACCUUCCUUCUUACACACAAUGAAAAUAAUUAAUAUUUUGCAAUAGGGGAAACUUCAUUUUGUACAAGAAUGAUUAUCAUCCCUGUUGCCUGGAAAACUUCAAAAUAUGAGCUGUUCUGUCGUAUAAACAGUUAUAAUUUGUGAUAAGCUGCCAUUAUGCCAAAAAUGUUUUCUAUCUUUGAAUCUAUAUCCAACCAGGGCACUGUUUCCCAAAGCCCUCAUCGUGCUAAGAUCACCGUAAGAACCCUGGUAAGGUGCAUCAUUGAUAUUUAAGGUGUCCUCACAACUAACAUUGCUCUUAAAAACCAUCAUAACUUGCCCCAGUCCACUAAGUGUAUCGUAAAGGCACAGAAGUGCAGUUCCAAGCGCUCUCCAGUUUCUUCCUACACUAAGGAAAGCAUUUAGAGUCAAAACACAGAAUAAAUUAAAUUAAACUGAAUGUCUGCUCAUACAGUAUUUCAUUAUCAAAGUCAAAAUAAUGUGAGCGCAGCUAACAAAUUAAAUGCAACGCAUAUGAAUACAUUUAUAGUAAAGAGAUGGUAAAAGGAUGUAAAUGGGAUUAUAUGUAAAGAACGUAAACUGUGUAAGUCACUCUAAAUAAGAGUCUCUGCUAAAUGGCUAAAGUGUGAAAUGAAUACAAACUAUAUUUAAAUUUUAUGUCCACAAAAUGAAAUUGCGGUUUUGAUUAUUUUUAGACAGACUAGUCAUCCUUAAUGAGCAUUUAACUCUGCCUAUGAUGUACUCUGUGCCGUUUUGGUCAGAAUGUAACAGAAAUGUAACAUGUUAGCAAUGAUGAAUCUUUAAGUUCUAUUAUUAUUGGGAAACAGUGCUCUGUUCCUAAAGAAUAUUGUAAAUUAUUGCAGCGACCAUCCCAUUUACCUGUAAGAAUCAAUGCAUUGUUUUCAUUAAGUACAGUGAGCUGUGAUAAGUUGUUUUCCCUGUUAAAUUGGAAUCAUAUAUGUGUACGUGUUAUCAGUAUUAUUUUGUGUUUGUAUGGACAUUCACUGCUGUAUAUUUAUCUUGUACUUAAGAAUAUUCAUUUUAAUGUGAACAGUUGAAUAUAUAUUGUAAGUUGAUGUAGUCUUGUCACAGCUGCUGGUGUAAAUGGUUUUAAGUGACAGCAUCAUACUUAUAUUGAAGCAAUUUAACUUAAUAAGAGCACAGUAAAUAUAUGAGAAUGAAGGUGGUGUGAAACAUUUGCCAUCUUCUGUCAUUUAAUCCCUGUAAUGUUGUUUUGUGCUGUAGCUAUAGCACAGUCUGUGGUUCGACCACACCUGGUCUCGUCUUCUCGUUUGUACUGAGCCUUCAGUGCCAGUAUCUGAAAUUUACCUCAGUCCAGAUGGCCAAUUUACACCCCCACAUGUUUAGGAUGGAGAAAACUUUGAAAAUAUUUUUUAGUCACUUUCCCGUUAUCUGCAUUAUUCUGUACUAUGUAGGAUUGGAUUUUAACGUCUGUCUAUAACGACAGGACAGUGAGCACACUAGCAUCGUAGUUAUGAUCAAAGAUGCUGGUCUUAAUUUAAACGUGAUGCACUUCUAUAUUUAUUUUCUGGUUUGUACCCAUUGAUUUUCUUCCACUUUUUUGCCCAGCGGAAACUUGUUGAAAUUGUGAACUGAGGAUUAUCGUGAUAUAAGUCACUUUUGAGUCGCAUGUACUUGUCCAACAGAGGAGGGAGGAUCUAAUGUGCUGAUGUGGCAGUAAUUCAAGGAACGCUGACUGGCUCAAACUCAUCCAACCCCGGAUAAGACGAGGUGGCGUCCUGAUGGCGUGUGAGUCCCGGGUAUAGUUCACUAAUGACUGACCUGGCAUUUAGACCACCAGUACAUACAGUGCUUGUGCUUUAUGGUCUGAACACUAAAGGUACAAUAUUGAUGAAGGUCAAUCGCAAUCCCAAAGCACAUGAUCAUCUUUGCAGUGUAAGAGGGUUCCCUGGCAUGUGGAAGGUCCCCGUGCUUCCACAGGGACAAAGGCUUUGUGCUCGUGUGGACCUUUAAGAUGUGUGCUCCCAAACUGCCACAUUACUGAGAAAUGCACACAUACUCAGUUCCAAAUGAACCACUGCCACAGAAUUAUCCAGCAAUCUCGGCCCUCAGAACAAACAGUCCUCAGCUUGAAGAAUGCCUUCCUGGGUCCAUUCUCAAGGCAGUAAAAUUGUCAGCCAAUACCGUGUAUGAUUUGUUUUGGAACUGCCUUUUCAAUCUGAAAAGUUUAUUUCCCUUAGGAGAAAAUCCCAGUUUAAAAUGUCACUACAUUGUAGUAGACCACAGAAUGGUUCAUGCUUUCAUCCAGAUUGUUAUGUUGACAACGGUCCUCCUUUAAGUGGCACAUCUCUGAAAGUAUUUGUUUUCGCAUUGUCAUUUUUUAAAGUAAAUGUUAUCAUCCUUUAUAUUUUAUCACUGAUUAAUAUCCCCUGAUAACAAGAACUCAGAAAUACUUAAGUUAACCAUCGACUACAAUUGGUACUGUAACUUUAGCACCCAAGUAGAAGAAAAGCCAGACACACUGCAGUAAAUAUCAGUGAAGCCACAUAAUGUGACACUAUUAACACCAUUAGCAGUUUUGAGACCAUGCUGCAUGCAAGCCUUAAAAUUGUAAAUGCAUUACAACUUACAUAUUUACAGCCUCCUGAUAAAAUUUAACAGGUCACCUCUCCUGAAAUUUUUAUGUCAGUGUCAGUUUAUUUGUUUUUUUUUUUACCGAUGUUUAUUAAUGUUUUCCUGUUUGCUUCCUAACCGCAGGCCUCUUUGUGCCUUAUGUGAAUUUAAAUGUAGACAAAGAGGGAAUAUGCUGCUAAAGGCACAUAUUCUCAUAUUGUGAGGAGGACCACCUGCCAACACAUAACCUGGCAUGCGGCACAGAAACUCACCUCCAGUCACGCUUUCCCCAAAAGGUUCACCGAGGUGUUUAGCUCCUGCAGUGCUUCCAUGGUAACAAGGAAGGACAGACCUCUGGAAGCAUUUUAUUUUUAGGUGGCUUGAUUCAUAGUCCUAGUAAAUGUUACUUUAUAUUCACAGUGUUGAUAUAAAUGCUGAUAUAAAAAUUUAGGCCAAAAAAAACAAGUUUGGGAACAGAUGUUUGGCUUGAUUAGGACAUAAGGUGUGCUGAUUAACACACACACACACACACGUACACACACAAAAAAAAAACAAGAUUCUGGGUGUUUAAUCCCAGAAUGCAAUACCACCCAUUUUCUGUCUCAACCAACACCUAGGAAAAGCCAGAGUAUCAACUUUUAUCAUUUCAGGCAAAGAUAUGAAAUGCAUUUUACCACACAAUGUUAUUUCUCCUACCAAAUCUCUUUCAAUUGCAGUGCUAAAGUACAGAGGAAAUUCAUACUGACCUCCAUUUAAAAUAAUAGUAAAAAUAUUGUUUUGACUUAUGACUUUGUCUUUUACCGAAUUAGAAAGCUACUAUUAUAAAAAAAAGUGGGAAGCGAAUGCAGUUUUUCAGAGCCAGGAAAUUAAAUGUUAAAUGUUAUUAAUGAAAAGCUCAAAUGUUAAGGGCAAACUGCCAAAACAGGUAAUCUGUUAUGUUGCUUCUGGCCUUUAAAACAGUUUGUUGUCAUAUUGUUCAUCAGAGAGGUGUGUCCUCAAAGUGCUCUGUGCCACCUAGAGGCAAAAACUGCACGAGCCAGUAAUAUUCUGCUGAUCUCCAUUGUUAUUUAUUUUGCAUAUAAGUGCCAUUUCCAGAAUACUGGAAUCUUUAAACUGUGAAUCUUAAUGCAUGAUGUCCCCCAGGGGAUUGCCCAAAAACACAAUAUUUUCCCUAAACAUAAAAAAACAUAAUUUUAAAAAAUGAUAUAUUUCAUCAUUUCUUAGACAUUAGUAUAAACUAAAUCUUGACUGGUUCAUAUAUCCUUGUUCAUUUUGUGAUAAUUGAAAUGAAAUAUUUUUGUUGCCAUUUGUGGAUAUGUAAAAUAUAGAUUCUAAAAUAUGACAUCAGAA